GUUAGGAACGAAUCGGUGAGCUUACUGAAAAAGAACGCCGAAAACGCACAAAUGAUUCAAAAAUUAAACUUGGAAUAUCAUGCGAUUAACGAAAAAUAUGAGCAUUUAAGCAAUUUCAUCGAACUGGGUUACAAAGAAUUAAAGAAAAUACGCAACGAACAAGUGCAUACGAAUGACUUGCCAGUUAUAAUGCAGUUGAAGGAAAUUAUGUUGUGUUGUGGACAAUAUUAUGCGGACCAUCGAAAUGAACAUGAGAAGUGUGUACAACUUGAACAAAAGAAUCGAUACCUGACAAACAAAUUGAGUAUUUUGGAAGCCAACUUAGAAGGACUCACAGAGGAACUGAAAAAAUAUCAAAGAUGCCCGAAAAGUAAACCCAUUACUACUAGUACUAGUACAGGGAAGAAAAAUAAAGCUGAUUCUCGAAAAAUUGGUUAUGUUUGUUCAGAGUAUAAAUUCGGAUCCCAAGUAAACGUAUCAAGGGUAACACUUGAAUCAGAUUCCUCACAUAAGGAAGACAUCCAAAAGCCUCUAUGUAAAGUUGAGUCUCUAGAUUUAACGUCGCAUAUCUCUUUGGUUAACAACUUGCUUACUGAUCAGGAUAUAAUGCUAAAAGAUCUGAAAGCAUUGGCUGAAGAAUUAGGCACUAUAGAUUCCCAAGAAUCUAACAAUUAA